GUGUCUGUGUACGGCGAGAGCUGGCGGAGGGAAGAGGGCUCCGCACCUCGGCAACGGCGGGGCGCGAUGGGGAGGGUGAGACGGCGACUGCCCGCCUUCGCGGCGCUCUUUUACGGGGUGCUGGCGGCGCUGGUGCUACUGGGGGUGCGGGACGUGUUGUUCUUCUACGAGGAGAACCGGUGCAGCAUGACCUAUAUGUACGAGUACCCCGAGUACCUGAAAAUAAAAUUGCCUAAGAAAAUAGCCAGAAGAUACCCAGCAUAUGAGCUCUAUCUCUAUGGGGAAGGCAGCUAUGCUGAAGAAAACAAAAAUCUCCUGUUAACGGGAAUUCCAGUUCUCUUUCUUCCUGGGAAUGCUGGCAGUUACAAACAAGUCCGUUCUCUUGGCUCCAUUGCACUUAGAAAAGCAGAAGAUGUUGACUUCAAGUAUCAUUUUGAUUUCUUCAGCGUCAAUUUUAAUGAGGAGUUGGUUGCAUUGUACGGCGGCAGCCUGCAACGACAGACCAAGUUUGUGCAUGAAUGCAUAAAAGUGAUCCUGAAGCUGUACAAGGGUCGAGAAUUUGCACCGACCAGCGUUGCAAUUGUAGGUCAUUCCAUGGGUGGUCUCGUUGCAAGGGCGCUGCUCACGCUGAAGAAUUUUAAGCCUGAGCUUAUAAACCUCCUCAUUACUCAGGCCACACCUCACACUGCACCUGUAAUGGCUUUAGACAAGUAUCUUACCGAUUUUUAUACAGCUGUAAACAAUCACUGGAUUCUAAAGGCCCAAGAUUUGAGAAAUUUAACUACCCUUUCUGUGGCGGGAGGACUCAGAGAUUACCAAGUUCGCUCAGGACUGGCUUUCCUACCAAGAUUGAAUCAACAUGACAGUGCCUUAUCUGUUGUGAGCUCCGCUGUGCCUAGAGCUUGGGCCUCAACAGACCAUCUCUCCAUAGUGUGGUGCAAAGAGUUGAUCCUGGCCACCGUUAGAGCUUUUUUUGAUCUCAUAGAUGAAAACACAAGGCAGAUAACUGAGGAUCCAAAGAAGAGGAUGUCUGUUUUGAAUCACCAUUUUGUGAGACAUCCUGCAAAGAUAUUUGAGGAAAACCCUGAGGCUUUCACAGAACUCACAGGAACUUUCACGUGGAUUACAGUCAGAGGCUCAAAAUGGACUUACUCAGUUUACAAUGAUUCUGAUGGAAAAUAUUUCACCUAUCCCCUUGCAAGCCACAGAAAAUCAUACAGUCACAUUUACUGUGAAAACAGCAUGCUGGAUACAAGUAGCUGGAUUUAUGGCUGUUUGAAGAGUAAUUCAUCCAUGUGCCUGGAAGCUACUGAUUUAUCCUGGAGAGCUGAGUUACUUCCAACCACCAAGAUUGUAUUACUGAAACUUCAGGAUUACCCUUCUUUGUCCCACAUUGUCGUUCAGGUACCACCUGCAGCUGGCAAUAAGUAUACUUUGACCUGUGAAUUCUUCAGGGAAGAUUCCAGAGCAGUACAGCUUCCUGUGACACAUCUCUUGUCAUUUGGGCUUUCUUCAAGCAAAAUCUUACUAAAUUCAAGUGGCUUACUUUACAAUGUACAGCUCCAGCACUUUCACCAAAUAUAUCAAGCUUUCAAAAUUUAUAUAGAGAGCCACUGCCAGUCACACAAAGAGAGAAAACCUAGUGUUUACAGACUGCAUAUACCCUGGUCACAUGAAGACUCAAUAACUGUAGCAAAGGUUCCAUCUCUUACUGAGAUUUCAGCCAAACUGCAUACUGCUCAGCCUCAAAAUGACAGCAGUGUUCCAGAGUUAAAUAUUUACUCCUCCUCAGACUGUCAGUAUGAAGUGGUUCUGAAGACAUCCCUUUUACAGGUUCUUGGCCAAAUAAUAAGGUUCCAUGCUGGUGCUCUUCCUGUCUAUGUUGUUUGUAAUAUUCUUCUUGCUUAUGGAGGACAACUGAGCACUUUGAUGUCAAUAGGCCAGUGUUCAGACUUUUCCCAUGAACUAGUUAGGACAGCUAAACCCUACAAAGUAGAACCUCUUAUAAGCAUUGUUGUCUUUCUGCUGGGGUUUAACUGGUUUAGAGAGAUAUGGGAAUCACUCUCACUCCCAGAGGUGGAUGCUGCUAUACUGAGUAGUCAGGAUGCAUGGUUCCCCCUUGUGUCCCUGAUUCUAUUUCUUUUUGGGACAGGCAUUGCCUACUGGAGUGGAGUAUUUUUCUCUACAUCUCUGAGACUCUUCUCUUCAUUGUGGUUAACUCUGAUUAGGCCUCCUGUACUUGGAAAAGAUGACAAGUUGAUUACACCCAGAAGGCUCUGUGGGGUGUUAUCCCUUUGUUUGAUUAGCUGGACUACUUGUGGUGCAUUUGCUGUAUUCCUUAUUUAUCUUCAGUACUUGUUUAAGGUUAUAAAACUACAUGUGAAUUUAAGAGCAGAACAAAAGCUGCUUAAUGGGGAUUCAGACUGCUCAAAAGAAACUUCACAAAACUUGAAUAUGCCAACAGUAAAACCCCAGAGUUUGAUAACCAGUACCUCAAAAGCAACACAACCCCUUUCCAACAGUACAACAACUGCUGAAGUCCUUAACAGUCUUAAGAUGCAUGUUACAAUUCUCAACUUAUUCACAUGGACCGUGCUGCUCUACUCACCAUCUUUAAUUUAUUGGUUAAAAAAUCUCAGGUAUAAUGUUAGACUUGAUCCUGACCCAUGUAGAUCUACAGCUCUUAUCCUCAUCUGCAUUUUAGAAAUCCUCAUGAAUUCAAGCACUUCUAAAGUGAAAUCAAGUAAACUCUUGAAGAUCGCAGCCAAAGUUCCACUCCCUUUGUCUGUUGCAAUGUUGGCCUUUGGACGACUGCAUUUAUUCAAAGUGCCACAUUUUGUAACCUUUUCUCUUCUUCUACAUGUGCUGUGUUGUGUUGUGUAACGUUCCUUACACAGAGGAGGAGCGGUGCAGCCUAGAAACUCAAUGCUGGAGACCACAAGGAGAUGCCUAGGUUAAUAUCAUUAGUAGUUUACAUUCUGUGGGAGAGAGAACUAAGCUGUCGGUGCUUGAUUCCGUUUGUGUUGCUGGGAAAGCUCUUCAUGGUGUUGAUUUCCUGAGUGUGAAAAUGAAAUGAAUUAACAAUGUGUGUGUGUAAGCACAUAAAUCCUGUUAGUGUAACAUCUUAAUGCUCUGUUUGCCUUGUAGACACUUUGAUAUUUCACUCUACUCCUUUGCUGAAAGGGACUUUUUUUACUCACUAUUGCCAUACAGUGCAUAUGUGCUGAACUUGUAUCUCUUUGCAGGUCUAAAUUAUGCUGGUUGCAACUCAAUGUGUUUCAAGCACACUGUGACUAUCACGAAAACCACACAGCCAAGUAUACUUCUAAUCGUUUUAUGCUCAGUUUAAAAGCUGCCACACAGUUGUGUCUAGACAAACCAGAAUGUACUGCUUCUAUAUAGAACUGCUAUUUCUAUCAAGUCAUUUGUUCAAUCGGUGUGAGUUGAACAUUUGUGAGAUAAUUGAUUUUCUUUACUUUUUGUGAGAGUGAGAAAAACAACAAUAUUCUGUGUAGCUUUCUAUUCAGGAAGAAUACCAGCAGAUUCCAAAACAAUUUGCUGUAAUGUUGUUUUAAAACAUUGCCAGUUUCCUCUGAAAUUUUGUCAGUUCUGAAACUGCUCCUUGGACCUUGUCCUUCUGAAGCUAGCAAAGGCAGAGGUGUGAUGUGAGCUUGCAGUGCACUUGCUGUACCGUACCAGGUCCAAGUAGACAAAGGCAGAGGUUUUUCCUGUUGUAACUGAAGAGUCACCCAGCUCAUCAUUAAAGUCAAUACUUGAGGUGAACGUGGAACAGUUGCAACACUCUAAAUUCACACCCUGCCACAAAGUGCUAACUUCCUCACCUGGACAAACUCAUACUAAUAGUGAGAAAUACUCUAAUUACUAGCUCUCAAUAAAGUAUUAUCUUAGUGCCUAGAUGCUACAGUGACUGCCAUUUAUACUGAAGCCUAAAAUAGCUAUGUGUAAGGAUUUCUGUCCCCUGGGUAUGUUCUGCCAGCAGAAAAAAACUCAGCAGCCAUUAGGUUCAAAUGCUGUGUUGAUUCUGUGUAGAGAUGAGCCUACUUCUUGCUUCUGUCUUAGCUGUCUGCUGCAAGAUUUCUGCUAGCCAUGGUCAGUCAAAUAUACUCCUGAUACAGCAGUACAGCCAGCCUGACACAUUAGUCUUUUCCUAUUUCAUUAAUCUUGCCUGAAGUGCCUCAGUUAGUUCUAGUGUGGUUGCUGGGGUCGUUUCUGGCUGGAAAGUAUUCUCACAGUGACUUACUCAAGUGAAGGACAGAUACGAGGUCGGCACACGUUUUUGUCUGCCAGUACACGUGUGAGGUGGGCACCUUUUUUGUCUGCUAAUACACAGCUCAGCAGUUCAACUUACCAGUAAGUCAUUAAAACUGCUUUUAACUGAAUAAUAUUAUUGUGGUUAACCAAAGCAGUUAACAGUUGCUGUUAGCAGUAAUCUGCCUGCUGGUAUUCUAGUCUCAACUUUUUCUAACUGAGGUUAGAUUACACUUAGUGUUUGUAAAUCAGAGAAGUUGUUGGCAUAGGUGAUACCUUCAUGCUAAUGAACAUACGCUACAGUAGAUAUGCAUACAGGUAAGAUCAUUUUGUGUGUCUAAAGAUACUUGUAGCUAAUCCACCAAUGGGUUGAACUUCAAAUCGCAGUUCAGCCAUAGAACAACAGAGCAGUUUUCCUGCAUUCAAAUUGCUGUGGGUGAAAGCAGCAGCAGAACUGAGGAGGAUCUGAUUUCUGUGGAAAAAAAAGGUUCCUUGGCCUUUGUGAGCCUUUUUGGCUUACUGCUGUAUUUUACUUCUGGUCUUGUUUUGCCAUCUUAAUGGGCUUCUUCAUGCAUGGGUCCAUUGGGUGGAAUAAGAUAAUAACCAGAAUAAGGAGAGAAAACAGUCUCUGCGUGGAGUAGCUUUGAUAGAUUCCAAAAUCUGCCACAGUGUGAAACCUCUGAAUCGCAGUAGCAUUGAAUAACACU